AUGCGCGCCACCACCGUCCUGCUGCUGGCCUGCCUAGCGCUGCUCUUGCUGAGCACCACCGAUGCCCGAGACUACACCAUCACCAUGUACCUGAACCAGUACUGGAAGGACGAACGCCUAUCCUUUAGUAACGACAACGACAUCCUCACGUUGUCCGGCGACUUUGCAGAAAAGAUAUGGGUGCCCGACACCUACUUCGACAACGACAAAAACAGCUACCUGCACGACGUAACGGAGAAGAACAAGAUGGUGCGGCUGCACGGCGAUGGCAGCAUCACGUACGGCAUGCGCUUCACGACUACGCUGGCCUGCAUGAUGGACCUGCACAACUACCCGCUGGAUAGCCAGAACUGCACUGUCGAGAUCGAGAGCUAUGGCUACACGGUGAAGGACGUGGUCAUGUAUUGGAAGGAGACGCCCGUGGUCGGCGUGGAGGACACCAAGCUGCCCCAGUUCACCAUCGUCGGCCACGCCACCAACGACCGCAAGGAAAAGCUGGCCACGGGCAUCUACCAGCGGCUGUCGCUUUCCUUCCGGCUGCGGCGCAACAUCGGCUACUUCGUUUUCCAGACCUAUCUGCCUUCCAUUCUGAUCGUCAUGCUCUCCUGGGUUUCUUUCUGGAUCAACCACGAGGCCACCAGCGCGCGCGUGGCUCUCGGGAUCACCACGGUGCUCACCAUGACCACCAUCAGCACGGGCGUACGCUCCUCCCUGCCGCGCAUCUCCUACGUCAAGGCCAUCGACAUCUACCUGGUCAUGUGCUUCGUGUUCGUGUUCGCCGCCCUGCUCGAGUACGCCGCCGUCAACUACACCUACUGGGGCGCGCGCGCCAAGAAGAAGGCGCAGAAGGCGGCCGGCGGCGCCGACGGCUGGCGCGCCGGCCGUGACGACGGCAUCAUAGAGCUGCGCGACGUGCGUCUCCCGCCGCCAGCGACGCUGCGCCACCGCGGCAACUGUGGCGCGGCGCGCUCGCCGCCCGCUGGUCGCGCCGCGCCCGGCCGCCGUCGCAUGCUGACGUCACUGCGGCGAGGCGCGUCGGCAAUUGGCCGCUCGCUGCCGCGGAUUCGUGACGUCAACAGCAUCGACAAGUAUUCGCGUGUGGUGUUUCCCGUGUCAUUUGUGCUGUUCAAUGUGGGGUAUUGGUGCUUCUACGUGCUGUAGUGGCGGCGGCGGCGACGGGCGCGGACCGGCUGUCUCGCGCAGGGCUGAGCUGUGACGUGGGCCUGCCGAGGCGCACGUAUGUGCCUCCGAUGGAAGGGCAGUGGAAGCGAAUGUUGGAGCGAACGAGGUUCGCCGCAGAAAUACAUCCUAGAAUGCACAAUAAUGCUGAUGGCAGCGUCCUGCAAUAAGCAUGUUUGUUUCAUCCAUUUUUAAUUGAAACCGUUGCAUCGUGGCAGUGAAAGUGAUGCUCAGCGUGAGGCUCGGAUUAUAGGCUUAGGUUAUACCUUUGUUAUAACUCGUAGGAUAGUAUGCUAGGAACGGCGCAAAGUGAAGGGACAGUAGGGGUACGACCUUUUAUGAAUUUCAGAUUUUGUUCAUCAAGAAAGCAUGGCGGAGGCUUGCUAACCCUGGACUUGCUAACGUGUGCCAACACGUGAAUGCAACACCGUGAGGGUGCGUUGGUUAAAUGAGACGGGUGCCCCGUUUGAGCGAAGAGUGCAUCAGGUGAGCUUAUUUUGGGGAGCUCCAAAAUCUGAACGCUAUGCCAACUGACGCCGUCGGAGAGCACUGGGAGAAGCUGGCGUGAUGCCGCUGCCGGAGUCAACAUUAAUCAAUGGCAAAAUACGGAAAUGCUUUAUGCCUUGACAUCUGGUGUUGUGUUGUCAAUCAGCUACAUCGCAUUUGCUACACACGAUAAUGCCUCCGAACAUAAGAAUGGAAAGAAAAUGGACAUCAUGCCCGCGAAGAGGCUGCGGAUUUUUUGGUGUGAUGGGCAAAUGGUUCAAAAUAGUGUAGUUGCCAACUCUUAUAACAUUAAAAG